AUGACAACCAGCUUUGGGACUGUGCUCCACAAGAUAUUUCCCCUCAUGGUGAGGGCCAGCUCGGAAGUGGAAAUCGGGCCUGAAUGCAUGGCCAGCUACUUCAAGCUCUUCCUCGGGCUCCGAAAACUCAAGGGCUGGGCUGUCAGACUGGUGGACGCGUCGGGCAAGCCAGCCGACGGCCUCCUGGAGGGCACAAUGGCAUUCAUUGGCGCCUUCGACGAGUGCCUGGAUACGGUCGUCUGGGACGAGCACGACAGCUCGAGGCUCAUCUUCCAAGGCCGCUACUGCACCGCUCAAGUGGCGCCCAAGUUCACGCUGAGAGACCUAUUCCACAACGAGUCCCAGGCCCACAAGGAGCUGGCUACGUACCUACCGAAGAAGGCUAUGCUGAAAAAUGCACUACGAAUUCCGGGAAACCUCGUGAUGUUCCGGGUCGGCCUCUGCGUCCCUUCAACAUGCUCGAAGGAUGACAUUGAACGAAUGGUAAAAUACACCGUGAAACACAUGGACAUGAAAGCCGAGGUGACCGAAUGCUUACAGAGGGAGAAAAAUAAGUCACUGUCUGUCAUUCAAAUCACUGUCAUCACGUUACUUGCAGCUUUCCUGUCGCUGACGAUCAUAGGCACCGUUACGGACAUCACAAUCAAGGAGCGACGUCAUCCCAAGGCACCAGCCUCCGAGAAACAUGGAAGACCCCUAGAGGCACUGUUGUGCUUCUCGGCGUACACCAACGCGCGCCAGCUUUUCGCACCAGAGGACAAGCCGGACAGUCUUCGGGUGCUUCAUGGCAUCCGCUUUCUCUCCAUGACGUGGAUCAUCUUCGGCCACAGCUACUUCUUCAUCGAGCACGUGCAGCCCUUCCGCGGAUUGUUCAAUGGCCACGAGAUGUACUCGGACAAUUUCUUCUUCUCCGGCAUCAUAAAUUUCACGCUGGCCGUAGACUCGUUCUUUUUCAUCAGCGGAUUGCUGGUCGUUUACACCAACUGGAAAGAGCUCACGGAGUCUAACGGUCGCCUCAACGUAAUCAGGUUCCUGUUCAACAAAUACUGGAGGAUGAUGCCACCACUUCUUCUGUCCCUGGGUCUGCUGUUUCUGAUGCCUGUACUGGGAGACGGCCCUUUCUGGAACGACAUCAUGGGUACCGAAAUCAAGCUCUGCGAGAAGUCCUGGUGGUCAAAUCUUUUGCUCAUCAACAACUUCUGGGAUUCCAAGGAGAUGUGUCUUGUUGCCACGUGGUACCUGGCGUGCAACUUCCAGUUCUUCAUCAUUUCUAUUUUCAUAUUAAUACCAUUGUACAAUUGGCCCAUUGUGGGGUUGACUGCCACAUUCUUGCUGCUGCUGGCCGGGAGCAUCGUAUCCGGUGUGAUCACAUUCAUGGCCGAUCUUCCUCCGGGGCUUAUUUUCUACCCAGACCUCGACACUGUGUCUAACCUGGUGACCUACGUGUACCACAAGCCUUACAACCACAUUGGCUCCUACUGUGUCGGCGUAUUUCUGGGAUACGUCAUUGUACGACAUCGAGACAUCAAAGUCAAGCCGCUCACGCAGGUGAUUGGAUGGUGCACAUCAUUCUCUGUGGGCGUGGCAGUGCUGUGGGCGGCUUACCGAUGGAAUGCCGAGUUGCCCAGCACCCCAGUGGCCGCGCUGUACGCCGCCACGCACCGCGUCGCCUGGUGCGUCGCGCUCGCCUGGUUGACGUUCGCCUGCGUAGCCGGACAUGGAGGUUUCCUGGAAUCCCUGCUGUCGUGGAAGCCGUUCAACGCACUGGGGAACCUGGCCUUCAUGGCGUACCUUAUGCAUCCGCUGGUCAUUCUCUACCACUCCAGCAGGACCAGAGACCUCAUCUAUUACAGUCAGUACGAGAAGGUGUACGCUUUCUGCGGCCACUUCCUCAUCACGCUGGUGCUGUCAACGUUCUUCUACGUCAUCGUGGAGAUGCCGUUCACGCGGGUAGGAGCGAUGCUGCUCCGGACGCGCCUCUUCCGCAAGCCUUCGCGGCGCUCGGGCGCCGUUGGCGGUGGCGGGACCGAGAGCGGCGCGGGAGCGCGGAAGCCGUCCAGACCGGCCUCGGCCAUCGUGGCCGACAUCGCUCGCGGCGUGACGCCGUUGGCCUUCAUCAAGGCCAGGGCCCACGGCACCGCGAGGCGCAGCGGUUCCACGCAAACCGGCGAGCUGAGUGCCAGUACCGACUGCGGCAGGCCCACCAACGGACGCUUCCGGAAGACCGGAGACUCGAGCCACCUAUGA